AUGAAAGCACCUUUGCUGAUGAUAACAUUAUUAAUAAUUAUAUUCUCUUCAUUCCUUUACGCAUCACCCACAUCACCCACAAAUUCUAAUAGUGAACCAGCACAAUGCUAUGAUUAUCCAAACCCUUUAAAUAGAAAUUACAAAGUACCCGUACAAUGUAAAGUGUCAAAACAAAAAAUACAAACAUCGAAUUUGGCGUCGAAAGGCUCAAAGAAGAACAUGUUUGAUGUUACUUUUACAUGUGGAGUAAAAAAUACAAUACUAUGUAAUAAAGUAAAAAAGACGUUUGAAACAGCAGGAAAUAUAAUAUCAUCUACCUUUAUAUUAAAUUCACCCAUAACUAUAAAUGCUAGUUUCGUCGAUUUUUGUGUUGUUUUGGGCGAUUGCGGUGGUAAAACAGGGCUUGUAACUUUAGGCGGAGCAUCACCAGCACGUACAAUACCACUGCAAGAUGAUGAUGGAUUAGUACGACUAUAUCCGCAAGCACUUGUUAAACAAUUUCAAUUUAACACACACCCAGAGUAUGGGCCUUAUGAUAUUUCAGCCAUGUUUAAUUCAGCUGAAAAAAAUUUUUGGUUUGAUGGAGACGGGAAAAUAAAACAAGAUCAACAAGACUUUUUAUAUGUAGUUUUACAUGAAUUGAUUCAUGGGUUAGGUUUUGCAUCUAAUUGGGGAGAUUAUAUAGUUGAGGACACCCCAACAACAAUAACACCAGAUUUUUCUUUAUUACAAGAGAUUGGUUCAAAGCUUAUUAUAUUUAAUGGAUUUAUGGAAAGCGCAUUUGAUAAAUAUCUAAUACAAAUACCAAGUGGACGUAGAACUUCAGAGAUCACAGAUCAACUUAAUGAAUUCCCGGGAGGAACUAAUGUAAAGUUUUCCAGUACAGAAGAUUUUGAAGCAAAGUUCAAGGCAUCACCACAAUAUAAAUUGGGACUUAAUAUGAUGAAAACAAUAACUACACCGUCUUCAUUGGGGUUCUUGCCGCACAAUAGCACCGACCCAGAGCAAGCGAUUAUUCUUGAAACAAGUUUGAAUCCUUAUCAGCAAGGUUCAAGUAUUAGUCAUGUGGAUUUUAAUACGUAUAAUGCUACAAGUGACUUUUUAAUGAAAUAUUUGGCUGACCGUGGAGUGAACAUGCAUACUAUUACAAUGUCUCGAGGAUGCACGGAUGCUAUCGGUCCUAAGCUAAAAUUAAUUCUUGAAACUAUGGGAUAUGCAACUUCAAAUAAUCCAAAUCCUUAUAAACCAAGUGUCACUAUAGUGUCAAAUAAUCUUAACCCGAAUAUUAAAGGAAGCGUUGCGUCUGUAUUACCUAAACCGAAUUCAUCUCCAAAAAUGAUAAACUUUGAUUUUGAAACUCAUAUAGUCCUUAAUUUAAUUGGUUUUAUAACUGUACGAUAUCUUUUGAAAUAA